UGUCCCUCCAGAGCUCCCACAGCAACAUGUCUGGAAGGAGGAGGAGGUUCUGGCUGACCAGCAGCUCUGUAUUCAGGAGAGGAACUCCAGUCUGGACCAAGAGGACCCAGAGCCUCCACAGAUUAAAGAGGAACAGGAGGAACUCUGUACCAGUCAGGAGGGAGAGCAGCUUGUACUGAAGCAGGAGACUGAUACCUUUAUGUUGACUCCUACUUAUGAGGAAAGAGACCACAGUGAAGCAGAACUGAAAAGUGACCACCAGCUCCUCUCUCACAGCUGUCAUGUAGCUGAGAGCCAAGAUCAGAAAGGAGGCGAGCAUGAAGACUCAGGAUCAACUAGAGAUGCAGAGCCAGAACAAAAGAAUCAAGAUCACAAAAGCAGAAGCCACAGAAACAAUGUAAACAAGUCUACCAUGUCAGAGGUUCACCAUAAUCCUCACACAGGUAAAAACUCCUUCAAAUGUGACACAUGUGGAAAAUACUUUAAGUAUAAGUAUCUAUUACAGAAACACCUGCGAAUUCACACAGGCGAGAAGCCAUAUUCUUGUAAAACAUGUAAGAAACCUUUUAGACAGAAAUGUACCUUGAAAGUCCACAUGCGAUAUCACACAGGUGAGAAGCCGUACCUUUGCAAGACCUGUGGGAAAAGAUUCAUUGACACUUCAGGAUUGAAAAAACAUGUGACAAUCCACACAGGGGAGAAGCCGUAUACUUGUGAAACAUGUGGGCGAUCUUUUAGACACAGUAGUAACUUGAAAAUCCACAUGAGAAUAGCCCACACAGGUGAGAAGCUAUACGUUUGUAAAACAUGCGGAAAAUCUUUUAGCCAGAAAUGUAGCUUGAAAGUACACAUGAGAGCCCACACAGGUGAGAAGCCGUACCUUUGCAAGACCUGUGGGAAAAGAUUCAGUGCCAGUUCAGGAUUGAGAACACAUAUGAGAAUCCACACUGGUGAGAAGCCAUAUACUUGUGAAACAUGCGGGACAUGUUUUAGCCAGAAAUGUAGCUUGAAUCUCCACAUGAGAAGAGGCCACACAGGUGAGAAGCCGUACCUUUGCAAGAUCUGUGGGAAAAGAUUCAGUGACCCUUCAGGAUUGAAAACACAUAUGAGAACCCACACAGGUGAGAAGCCGUAUAUUUGCAAAAUAUGCGGGACAUCUUUUAGACUGAAUUGUAGCUUGAAAGUCCACAUGAGAAAAGCCCACACUGGUGAGAAGCCGUAGCUUUGCACGAUCUUCUGGACAAUAUAUGCUGAUGUGUCUAAUUUGACACGGCACAAAAGAUGGAAUACAGGCAUGUAGCAUAUUUGAUAAAUAUGUUGGGAGAGAAUUCUGUUCUAGAGGUUUGUGGUCAAAACACACAAGAACUCACAGAAGUGAGGAGCUGCAUCAUUGCAGCAUUUGUGGGGAAAGUUUUACUCAAAUCAAUUACUUGAACAAAAAAACUACAAGUAGGGCCCCCUGAAAUCCUUUACAUCUUUUUUUGAGAUUCUAUUUAUUUUUUUAUUUAUUUUUUUACAUAUUGUUUUCUGUUUUAAUUUUUCUGAAUUGUGUGUGUUUAGAUUUAAGCGCAUUUCGUCAUCAGAAAGAGUGUUUAGCAUGUGGUAGAUUAAUAAAAUAACAAUUCAUUAAGUAUCAGUGAAUUUGGUGUAUUAUACAGAAAUGCUUAUAGAAAUAUUCAAAUGUAUGCACCAUUAUUUAUGGAACCCAAUUCACAAUAAAUGUUUUGCAGCGGUAGGAUAUUAAAACACUGUAACAUCAGGCCACCAAGCCAUUCUUAAAUUCAAAAUCCAUUCAUCCUUAUUACUGCUCCAUGUAGUAUAGUUUAUUUCUGUUUACCUUGUUAUGAUUGUUGUGUAUCAGACAUUUAUCUGGUUGCAAAUAAUUAAUAUUGACUGUAGUGUAAGUAGUACGUACUAUGUAAAAUGUUAAUUGUAUAUUGAUCGCAUAUAGUGUGUUUUUAAAAGAUUUUAGAAAGAUUUAAGCAUUGGUGACUUCAUUUCCUGCAUUCUGGUGACAUUUCUGCCUUUUC